AUGACCGAGGCGCUCCGAUCUCAUGUCCGCGCGCUGCGAGCAGAAUCGGGCGAAAAGUUCGAUGCUGCUCUCGACACCUGCAAGACGCUUCUCCAGAACGUCCUCGAGCAGCCGGAUGAGGCCAAGUUCAGGACGAUCAGGUUGGGAAACGCCGCCUUCCACCAGCGGUUGGGGCAGUUCCCCUCUGGAAUCGCGCUGCUGCGAUCGCUGGGCUUCGAGGACGCCAACGCCGCCGACGGCAGUCCGGGAGGAGACGGCCUCCCGGCGUACCUUGCACUGCCAGUGGCUGAUGCCGCAGUCCUCGCUCAAGGCCUCGUCUUAGUGGCGGCCUCUCGCGAAGCAUCCCUGCUGGCGGUGCGGAGCAACGCCGCGGGCAAGCGGAGGGCGGAGAGCGACACGGGCGGUGGCGGCAAGCGACCCGCUGGUGGCAGCACUGACGGAGAAGGAGCCGCCCGCCCCGACGGUGGCGGCGCCACCGCCUCUGCUGCCGAACUCGAGUCGUACCGUGCAAGCGCCAUCGAUGAGUAUUUCCUCGCUGCGCGGCGCCUUCCUCGCUGCGCUUGA